AGAGCUGAACAGAAGACGCCAUGGGUUCUAAACACAAGAAGCCACAUGUACUCUGCGUACCAGCACCAGCACAAGGCCAUAUAAACCCUAUGUUAAAACUUGCCAAAAUCCUUCAUUCUAAAGGCUUCCAUAUAACCUUCGUCAACACCGAGUUCAACCACCAACGUCUUGUAAGAUCUCAGGACUCCGAUGUCUUACGCGGCUUACCGUCCUUCUGCUUCGAGACCAUUCCCGAUGGCCUUCCGAUACCUGAAAAUCUCGAUGCCAGCCAACAGGUGGCAGCCCUGUGCAAGGCCAUUGAUGAGAACUUUUUGGGUCCGUUUAGAAGUCUUCUCACGAAGCUCAUGAGUGGUUCUGAUUCACCGGUGACUUACGUAGUGGCCGACGUUAUUAUGGGGUUCACCCUUGAAGCCGCUAAAGAAAUGGAUAUCCCAGAAAUGCUCUUCUGGACAAGUGGAGCUGGUUCUUUAUUAUGUUAUGAGCAGUAUCCUAAUCUUUUGGAUAAGGGUUUGAUGCCCAUUACAGAUUCGAGUUUUUUAGUAAACGGGUAUUUGGAUACGAUCUACGACUGUAUACCGUCCAUGUCCGCUAUACGUCUAAAAGAUAUCCCUCCGUACAUCAGAAUUACCAACGCCGGCGAUGAAUACAUGGUUGAAUUUCUUUGUCGACAAGUAGAGAGAAUGAAAACAGCUUCAACCAUCGUUUUGAACACUUACGACGAGCUAGAAUCCGACAUUAUGGACACGGUUUCUUCAAUAUUUCCUCCUAGCUACGGAAUUGGCCCUUUGAAUUUACUCGAGAAGGAAAUCGUUCAUGGCUCGUUAGCAUCCAUCAAAUCGAACCUUUGGAAAGAAGACACGGAAUGUUUAAAAUGGCUAGACUCUAAAGCACCAAUGUCAGUUAUUUACGUGAAUUUUGGUAGUAUUGCGGUGAUGACACCUCAACAGCAAGUCGAGUUUUGUUGGGGGCUUGUGAAGAGUGGUUAUUCGUUCUUAUGGAUCAUAAGACCCGACCUCGUGGUCGGCGAGUCCACUAUGCUUCCACCGGACCUUUUGGCGGAGACAAAGAGCAAAGGGCUGUUGGCUAGUUGGUGCCCCCAAGAGCAAGUUCUAAAACACCGAUCAAUAGGAGGGUAUUUAACACAUAGUGGAUGGAAUUCGACGAUCGAAAGUAUUUCCAGUGGAGUCCCGAUGAUAUGUUGGCCGUUUUGUGGAGACCAACAGACGAAUUGUUGGUUGUGUUGCAACAAAUGGGGGGUUGCCAUGGAGAUCGACAACGAUGUAAAGAGCGAUGAAGUUGCGAAAGUAGUGAUCGAGUUGAUGAAUGGAGAAAAGGGGAAAGAGAUGAGGAAGAAUGCCAUUGAUUGGAAGAACAAGGCUGAGGAAGCUUGUGCCUUUCCGUACGGUUCAUCCAUGGUGAAUAUGGAUAAACUCAUUCAUAUGCUGCAAACAUCUACCAAAUGAUGUGUCGAAAUAAUUGCUCGAAAACUGGGAAACGGGUCUGUUUUUGGUUCAUGUUUUUUAGCAGUAUCAGAAGUUGACUUCAUCAA